CAGCCACUGUCCACAAUUCAUAAUGAUAAACACUAUAAACAGACAUGAACAACUGAAGAAUCUACUGCACCCAUAAAGUUCGGUUAUGUUCUUAUGCUGCAAUUUCUGACUAAAAAUAGCUUAAAAUAUUAGGAGUUUUUAUUUAAAAUAGCGUUUCCCUUAGCCGGCACGAGGCAAAAGGCAGACAACGAAUUCUGUCGUAUUAAUACACUACUGUUUCAAGACUACUAGGAACUAUUUGGUCUAACAGUAUGGAUGAUUUAGCCCAAGUAAACAAAGCUCAGAAGCGGCCAAAUGAAUUUGAUGAUGUGGAGGAAAAUGAUAUGGAGUUAGACCUUGUAAUCCCAUUUCUCAAUAAUUUGAAACAUUUAUUUGGGAUGCCAGGCGUUCGAUCUCAGUGUGUUUUCCGUGCUUUGAGAAGCAAAUUUGAUGAAGUGCACGGUAGUGAUAAAUCAUUGUCAAAUAAUGCCACGGGGAUAUUGGAAAAGACGAAGCGUUUGGCUGUGUUUUCAGCAAAGCAAGAAUUGAACCGAGAGAAGGCUGCUCUCAUACUAGUCAAGAUGGCCUUUAAAAUUUUAGACGUCUUUGAUUAUAUUUUUCCCCAGGAUAUUCUCAGAUAUGAUUUUUAUUUGCCAAGCGAGGAGGCAGGUCUUAUAAAACUUGCGGAGGAGGAGAUGAAAGAGGAAAGAGAAUUCAAGGCGUCCCGUCGCGCUCACAUGUUGGAAGUCAAGAGCCAUAGGAAUAUCCCAGUCUAUCCAAAGAACACAAGUAUUGUUUCUUCGACGAGUGAUGACACUUCAAAUUCAGGUGAUCAAUCUGACAGCUCUGAAUCAUCCGAUACGACAAGUUCUUCAUCAUCAUCAUCAUCAUCAUCUUUUGAAUCUGCUGAUUCGGACAACGACACCACAAGCAGCGAUGACAACGUUUCUGUUCAUAAUAGGAAUGUUAGGAAUUCUGUAUCAAAAAACCACUGUGUGUCUUCCACAUCUGACGAUCUGGGCAAGACGAAUAACAAUCAAAACGGGAAAAAUAGAAGUCAUAAAAAGUAUAGUCGAAGGUAUUACAAUGAGCGACAUCGGAAUAGCACAGCUCAUUCUUUAAAUGAAUUAGGAGUUGUGUCUUCCACUUGCGAUGACUUACCCAAUAACAAUGGAUUUCAAACUCGCUUGCAUAUAUCACAAGACAAUUAUGCUUUUGUUGUGGAAUCAGAUGAUGUGCCAACAUCAUCUGUCGUAUCUUUGUAAAUUAUGUAUAAAUAAUUUUUCUUAUAUUAAUAUUCUGACAGAAAGAUUUAUUUUAUUCUAUUGUAACCAGAUUAAUUAUUUCUUAUAUUGAUGCAAUAAAAAAAAAUAAAAAAAAAUCAAUUUAGUACGUUUUGAUUGUUACAUGUAACAAAAUGUAUGUAUAAACAAUACAUACAUUUAUAAAAACUGUAAUUCUUUUGUGAAUGUAUUGUACAUACUUUUUUGUAAUAUUGUGUCUGAGAGGUUAUAAACCUACAGUUGAAUAGUGUGAGAUACUCUUGGUCUACUGUCACCCCCCUAGGUGACACAAUUUUUGAUUGGUAAAAAUAAUAAUUAUCGCUGAUUAAAAUUUAUUGAACUGCCAUCGGAGGUUUGCCGCACUGGAGGCUCUGCCCUCCUGACAUCACAGGGGCUGGAAUGGAAAAGAAUGCUAGAUCGAUAAUGUAUAGCAGGUAGGUAGCAGGUGAAAGAUGUUGGUGCAACAGGAGAGAACAUGGGAAUGGCCAAAGAUAUGUCCAUAAGUUAUUUAUUUUAAAACAUAUACUCACAUUAUUUGGCGAAAUUUUAAUUGUUUUAUGAUUUAAUUUAAUUACACCUUUCUCCUCUUUAGAGAGAAAAGGAACCUCUGGUAUUGGGUCGUAACUCUACCUAUUCUCGUAAUUUUGUCUGUCAGUUGUUUGCCAUACAGCCAAUGGCCUCAAAACCAGUGAGAAUAGGCAGAUGAGGGUGAUCAUAGACAUUUAUUGUAAUUAUUGA